CAGGCCGGUGUUUUUCCAUUUGUGAUGAUGGUCACCCAUGUCGAGAGACAAAGGUCAGAAAAAAGCUCAUAAACUAAUUUUUACCGACGCCGAUGUUAUUCAGCACCCAACCGCCGCACAAUACAGAAGGGACAAGAGCAUUUCAAAGGAAUUAAAGGAACAUAUAAACAGUAAAGCAUGGCCCAGAAAGAGAAACUCCAGUGUCUAAAGGACUUCCACAAAGAUAUUCUGAAACCGUCUCCAGGAAAGAGCCCAGGUACGAGGCCAGAGGAUGAAGCAGAAGGAAAACACCCCCAGAGAGAAAAAUGGGCUAGCAAGCUUGACUUUCUUCUGUCAGUCGCCGGGGGCUUCGUUGGUUUAGGCAACGUUUGGCGUUUCCCAUACCUCUGCUACAAGAAUGGCGGAGGUGCUUUUCUCAUCCCUUACUUCAUUUUCCUGUUCGGUGGAGGACUGCCUGUGUUCUUCCUGGAGGUGGCACUCGGCCAGUUCACCUCUGAGGGAGGUAUCACUUGUUGGGAGAAACUUUGCCCCAUAUUUACAGGCAUCGGCUACGCAUCCAUCGUGAUCGUCUCUCUACUGAACAUCUACUAUAUCGUAAUCCUGGCCUGGGGCUUGUACUACCUGUUCCAAUGCUUUCAACCAGAGCUCCCUUGGGCAAGCUGCAACAACAAAUGGAACACGGCAAAUUGUGUGGAGGACACCCUCCGCAAGAACAAAACACUCUGGGCUGCAGCAAACGCCACUAACUUCACUUCCCCAGUCACUGAGUUCUGGGAACGAAAUGUCCUCAGCAUCUCGGAUGGUAUUGAAGAUGUAGGUAACGUUAAAUGGGACCUAGCCCUUUGUCUUCUUGCUAUGUGGGUCAUCUGCUUCUUCUGCAUCUGGAAAGGUGUGAAGUCCACUGGGAAGGUUGUGUAUGUCACAGCAACAUUCCCGUUCGUCAUGCUAAUCGUCUUACUAGUACGGGGUGUCACUCUUCCUGGGGCAGCCGAGGGCAUCAAAUUCUAUCUGUACCCAAAUGUGACUCGCCUUAGAGACCCAGAGGUGUGGAUUGAUGCGGGAACGCAGAUAUUCUUUUCUUACGCCAUCUGUCUGGGAGCCAUGACGUCUUUGGGAAGCUACAACAAAUACAAAUACAACUGUUACAGGGACUGUUUGCUGCUGGGAGGCCUGAACAGCGCUACCAGUUUUGUGUCUGGCUUCGCAAUAUUUUCCGUCCUGGGCUUCAUGGCACAAGAGCAAGGGGUGGACAUAGCCGAUGUGGCAGAGUCAGGUCCUGGCCUGGCCUUCAUUGCUUACCCUAAAGCUGUCACUAUGAUGCCACUGCCUACGUUUUGGGCCGUUCUUUUCUUCGUCAUGCUUCUACUGUUGGGCCUCGACAGUCAGUUUGUCGAAGUGGAAGGGCAGAUCACAUCCCUAGUGGAUCUGUAUCCAUCCUUCCUACGGAAGGGAUAUCGGCGUGAAAUUUUCAUAGCUAUAGUGUGUUUCAUGAGCUACCUAUUGGGACUUACAAUGGUCACCAAGGGUGGCAUGUAUGUGUUUCAACUCUUUGACUACUAUGCAGCCAGUGGCGUGUGCCUUUUAUGGGUUGCAUUCUUUGAAUGUAUUGCUGUAGCCUGGGUUUAUGGCGCUGAUAAUUUCUAUGAUGCGAUUGAAGAGAUGAUUGGAUACAGACCAAAUCCCUGGAUGAAGUGGAGCUGGACUAUAGUCACACCUUGUCUGUGUGUGGGAUGCUUUGUCUUCUCAUUGGUCAAAUAUACACCAUUGAGGUACAACAAAGUCUACGAGUACCCAGAUUGGUCCAUUGGAGUUGGCUGGACCCUUGCUCUUGCGUCCAUGAUCUGCAUACCAAUGGUGGUUGUGAUCAAAAUCAUUCAAUCAGAUGGGCCCCUCAUAGAGAGGAUCAAAGCUGUGGCAGCACCCGUGAGGGGAGGGGCCAGUUCUUGCCCCAAAGACUACCGGCCCAAAAGCAACGAGCUGUCGCAGCCUCUGGACCCCAACUGGAACGGAAGUUUGACGAAGCCCACCCAUACCAUUGUAGAAACUAUGAUGUGAAAGCUCUCUGUGAGAGGAAUCAAAUGACCUGCUUUUCCAUUAUAUAUACAGUAUAUAUGUGAUUCUAUAUAUACAUUUAUUAAAAAUAUACUCUUUUGACAUAGUCGUAGGACCAGGUUUACAUUGCUACGCAUCUGCACUAGGAGUCCUUGUUGUUGUUGUUGUUUUCUACAGAGAAAGUUAAAUUUUUUCUGUCUGUAUUUUUAAUAUUUUUAUCAAAUUACUAUUAUAUUACUGUUAUUGCCACUGUUAUUAGAGAGAGAAGAGAUCACAUACAACAGUAUCUAAAUUAGAACUACGACUGUUCUAUUUUUGUACAUUUUAUCUUGUACAUGUUUGAAUUUAAGUGAGCUGUGCUUAUUUUUAAAGUAAAAUUAUGGGGAAAACCCACAAAGGGCUGCAUAAAUAGUGAAAGAGUAAUCAUGGAUCAUGUCUGACAAGUAAAAUUGGUGUACUCAGAUUUAAAAACAAAUACGAAAAAUCCACCUGUUCACCCGUGGUGAACUGCUCAUCAUUUUAGGUAAAAAAUAUUUUCCUCAUCAGUAUUUUUGUCUUGUUUUCCAGUAAAAAAAGAUAUCUAAAUGUCCUUUACGGAAUAUCCCGUGUUCAAUACAAGUUAAGCUCAAUUCGACAGCAUUUGUGGCAUAAUAUUGUUUACACAAGACUGAGGUUACAGUGAGGCACUUACAAUGGAAGUGAAUGGGGCCAAUCCGUAAACAUUAAAAUACUUAGACAUAAUCAAUAUAAACGUUAACAUAAUUUUAGUGUGAAAAAAUUGCAACAACUUUACAUUUCAAAUAAUACACACAGAAGAAUUAAUAUAAUGUAAGUGCUUUUAUAAAAUUGUAAGCUUCACAUUUUUUGCCUUUAAACCAUCCAAACAUUUGCCCCAUUCACUUCCAUUGUAAGUGUUUCUCUGUAACCUCAAUCUUGCUUUUUUUAUUGAAAAGGAAGGUCAAGUCGGUAAUCAACAAGUUGGUAAUUAUGCCACAAAUGCUGUAGAUUGAGCUUAAAUAAAUGUAAUUUCCUUUACGAAAAUUGGUUACGAUAAUAACCCCCUUUUGGCAUAUUGUUUUUUGUUUUUGUUUUAAACAUCAAACCUCACACAUUUUUGUGAAAUGUAUGUCUACAAAAAGAAAACACGUCUUAAUAUUAGGCUUGGGAUCGAUUCGUUUGUUUUCUACAAAGACACGCACACACCGUCAACGCCCUGCACCACGGCAGAGUGCAAAUCGCAUAGUUUUCCAUUAAAUUCGACCCAAAUCAUUAUCAAAGGACAAAUAUUAUUUACUCUAGAAUUACUGGAUGAUAUAUUGUGUUUAAGUAUCAUUCAUAGAGACUGCACAAUGUAUUUUCAGUAACAAGUAUGUCUUCUUGUGGUUUGCCAGCUUGAACGAAAGACCUAUUCAUGGCUACAUAAAGAGAAAUUGCAUAAUAAAUGUUGCGUAGUUACACCAGUUUCACUAACCUGCAAAUUCACGUCACAUUGUUAAUUCUUGAAGUAGUACAAAAAUCAUUUGUAAGUGUGUGUGUGUGUGUGUGUGAUAAUGACUGGCUUCAGUAAUUGGUAUAUCGCCCUCUUGUGGUCUCCCCAUUCUAUUACACCAAACUGUUAAAACAGAGGCCAACUGAGUGAAUUGGAAAGCAUGCAAAUUGGGCUUCUAAUUUAUUCAUUGGCUUAUUUGAAUAUAUUGAUGCCACAAAUAUAUAACGAUAAAAUAUAUAUACUGAUAUAUAGAUAUUUUAUGACAUCCCUACUUAAUAUCCAAGUAAAAUGAUCUUAUUUUAAGGAUUUUUUUACUGGAAAACGACAAGAAUACUGAUAAGGAUAUUUUUAUUUUUUUUGUGUUAUGCAUUAUUGUAGAUCUUCAAUGUUAUGAAGCUAAGUGUGUCCUAACAAAUCAUUUAGACUGUAGUUUGUGCUGUCUGGAAGAAUCGGGUUGAUUAGCCCUGCUUGUUUUCAGAGUAAUGUUUAAGCUCUAUACCACUAGCACAACGGACACUACAUCCUCCACUAUGGUGCAAAGUUCAUGUACAUCAAGUCUGUUUUGUAAGUGUUCUUAUCUGAUGAUGCAUAACCUUGGAAAUGCAUGUCACACUAAUUCUUAGCAGUCUUUUCCACUAUUGAACUGGAGAAUCUAGGAUCUUCCAUUACUAAAUACUAUUACUAAAGACGCUAGCUAGGCUGCCUUUGCAACCUACCAUAUUCAAUCAUUAAUAUCACGUCACAUGAUUUAUAAACACCAAGUACGUUCUUAUUUAGGGUUUUUGGAAUGUGAGGCUGUCCGGCAAGAUUACUCACAUAGAUUCAGGGGUAGUUUUUGUUUUUAUAUAUCAAAUCUAAGCUGUUUAUUUUUGUUUCCAAUCACAUUUGCCUUUCGUAUUAAAAAAAGUCACUGUAUUUGACUGUUCUGUACAACAAAUACCAAUAGAUCAUAUCUACAACUGUUAAUCAAAUCUAAAAACACACAAAAAGAGCUUGCUGCAAACUGUAAUGUGCAAUACUUUGUAGAACAAUAUGCAUUGUAACUGUCUUCACAGGUCUUUCAAAACGUUGGUACUUGGAAGUGUUGAAUUACUUAUGAUUUGAGGGCAAGGGUGUAUGCUCAACAUAGCAUUGUAUAAUGUCAAAAUCAAUGAACAGGGGCCAAUUUAAGCUACCAUUUAUGGGAUGCUGUAACAACACCAAAAACUCAAUGCAGUUCUACUUUCUGUGAUAAUUUAUAUAAUUUCAUUUUUUAAAUGAGAAAGUACAUGUUCAAUCCAUUUAUAUGCAUUGCAUUUAUUGGCUGAAAUAUUAUUUUUCGAAGUUAAACAGAACUGCAGCCAAUCACAAAGGGAGAUGUUCAAUUAAUUUCAAAAGUUUCUAUCUUGGUACCAUAGUUAUGCUUCAUUGAAGAAGUGUAACUACAAUUUAAAGCUGAAGUGUGCAAUUUAAAAAAACAAAAAAGUUAAAAAGCUUUUUUCCUAUACCGCUACCGUAUGAUUGCUCGGUUUGUUGAGCGUACCAACCAUCCUGACAUAAUAAUCUUGGCCCAACCAAUGGAGUAAGUUUGGGGCAGGACUUUUUGUUUGUUCGACCAUUGCAAGAUCGGGGUAGUGUUUGGGAAACCUGAUUGAAAACAGUCUUUUGCAAUUCCGUUUAGUGACGCUAGUGGUGCGGAAAUGACACACUUCAGCUUUUAAACUAAAUUUCAAAUGGAAAUGCAAUACAAAUGUUGAAAGAGGCUUAUUUUUUUAGCAAAAGAGAUUGAUGCCCAGUCUUUGGUUUCUAAUACGAGCGUAAUAGAGACAUUGACCGAUUGUGCUCUAUUGCAAGUCUCUUUGAACCCUUCCAUUUAUUAAGAACAGCUAAGAAGGACAGUGUUUAUAAAUUCAAGAUAUAACCUUUUUGAAGUAAUGAAUAGAAAUAUUUUAUUUUUUUAUUUUUGAGGACAUCUGUAAGUAAAAAAGCAAGUGUAACAAUAAAAUAUUUAAAGUACCUAAAAAAAAAACAAGAAAAAAAAAACAACUUUUUAUCUCUAAAUAAACAUUUAUCUUUUAAAAA